CUGUUGAUCUGUUGAAGAGAAUCUGUUUCAACAGAAAGUUCAAUGAAACUAGUCUCAUUUCAGAAGUUCUGCACAGACUUGAGAAGAUGAAACAUUUCAUGUUUUUGACUUUGUUGUGGACAAUACCUUUGUUAUCCAGAGGCACUGCAUCAGGUGACGAGAAUCAAUUGAGGAUUGUGCUGCUGGGUAGGAGUGGGGCUGGAAAGAGUGCAACAGGAAACACCAUCCUGGGAAGAGAGGCCUUCAGGGAAGAUUCAUCUUUCAACUCGGUCACCUCAGUUUCUUCUCAGGAGAGUGGAGAGGUGCAGAGGAGACAGAUAACUAUAGUCGACACUCCAGGACUGUUUGAUACAGAGAAGACAACAGAUGAGCUAAAAAGAGAGAUAGAGAAGUGUGUCAACCUGUCUAUUCCUGGACCUCAUGUCUUUCUUCUGGUGAUCCGAUUGGGAGUGAGAUUCACAGAGGAGGAGAUAAACACAGUGAAGUGGAUCCAGGAGAACUUUGGUGAGAGAGCGGCAGCGUUCACUAUGGUGCUGUUCACUCAUGUUGAUCAGUUGAGGGGUAAAUCACUUAAGAGUACACUAAAUAAAAACCUUCAGACUCUUAUAGACAGCUGUGGAGGUAGAUAUCAUGCCUUUAAUAAUGAAGAGAAGGAUGACAAGACUCAGGUAAUAGAGCUACUGGAGAAGAUUGACUCCUUGGUGAAGAAGAAUGGGGGAGAGUACUACACAAACAAGUUGUAUCAGGAUGCUCAGGAAAGGAUCAGAGAAGAGGAGGAGAGGAGGAGAAAGGAGGAACAAAGGGAAAGAGAGGAGGAAGAGAUGAAGAUCAGAGAAGGUGUAAGACAGACAAUGAUGCUGGAAGAGGAACUGGAGGAUAUAUGUGUAUGUUCUGUAGUAUUUCUGGGGACAUACGUUGGUGGGCCAACAAGUCCAGUUAGAGAAAUAAUAAGGGUGGUUGCAGGAUACAAAAUGGCAAGAAUACCGUGCAGCUAUUUGUUAAGAAUUGCCAGAAUACCUAUUUUGUUGGUUCUUAAUCAUCUGCUUUCAGAAAUAAGGAUUGUGCUGCUGGGUAAAACUGGAGCUGGGAAGAGUGCAACCGCAAACACCAUCCUGGGGAAAGAAGAUGCCUUCAAAGAAGAUUUAUCUUCUGACUCCGUCACAUUAGUUUCCCAAAAGGAGAGUGUAGAGGUGCAUGGGAGACAGAUCACAGUGGUUGACACCCCAGGACUGUUUGAUACAAGUAAGACUGCAGCUGAGCUAAAAAGCAUGAUAGAGAAGUGUGUUGAGAUGUCUGUUCCUGGGCCCCACGUGUUCCUGCUGGUGAUCAGAUUAGGGGUGAGAUUCACAGAGGAGGAGAGAAACGCAGUGAAGUGGAUCCAGGACAACUUUGGUGAAAAAGCGGCACAGUUCACUAUGGUGCUGUUCACUCACGCUGAUAAACUGAAGGGGAAAUCAGUGGAGAGCACCUUCAAUAAAGAGAUUCGUAACCUGACGGACAGCUGUGGGGGUGGAUAUCAUGCCUUUGAUAACUCGGAGAAGGCUGACCAGACUCAGGUGAUAGAGCUGCUGAAGAAGAUGGAGGCCAUGGCAGAGAAGAAUAAAGGAGAACACUACACAAACCAGAUGUACCUGGAGGCUCAGAUAAAGAUGAGUGAAGAGGAGAAGAAACAGAGACAGAAGGAGGCGAUGGAAAAAAAUGAGGAUGUGGACAAGAUCAUAAAAGAUGAAAGAAGGAAAAAGCAGGAAGAAGACAUAGAAAGAGAAGAAAAGAGAAAGCAGGAAUUACGCCGUUUGACAUGUAGAACUAUUGGAGCAAUUGUGGGGGGAGGCAUAGGAUUGGUUCAUUCACUUUGGGGUGCACCAAUUUUAGGAACAGCAGGAGCCUUGUUUGGAGACCAAAAUGCAGAAACAAUUUGCUCCUGGGCAGCAUAGGACAUUUAUGAUUAUGAAUUCCUCAUCAUAAUGUGAUGCAAGUAACACCUUAAUGCAUAAAUUAUUACAACAUUGAUUUCUAUAAAUAUUGCAUUUUGAUCGCAGUUUAUAAAGGUAUUGUUUAAAAAAACAUGUUUUAAUAAAAGAAAAAUUAUCAGUCGAUUAGUGCAUUUCUCGAUUCAUCAAAAUGUCUGCACAAUGAUGCAAUGGGUGCAUUUUUUAAAAC